AUGAUGCGCCAUCACUCUGUGUUCAUCGCCAUUCUCGUCAUUAGCAGUUCACUAGUUAUUCCCGCUGCCUCCACAGCUUUCCAAGGAACAGUAGCAACACAUUCAUGCUCAUCUACUGAUUCGAAGACGGUGAAAGGCACAAUCACUGUCAGCAACUGCGAUCAUACAGCACUCACAUCUCAAAAAGAUACUAUUGCCAAAUCCCUCGCAACUCAAGUUCAAUCAUCUGCCGUAUCUAAUACGAAAUGUCAAGUAACUGUUGACGCAGUCACAGACCUAGGUAACGGCAAUCUCACCAUGACAUACACUUGUACAGGUGUGAGCGAUCACACAGCAUGCCAAACUGCACUACACAAAGCUUCAGCCUGUGACGAUGUCAAGCAAACUGUUGCCAAAUGUUCCAAAACUGGGAACACUGCAACCAACUUAGCACAAAUGACACAGGCGGCUAAACCUCAAGCCACGGCAGCAGCUCCAAAAGCAACUCAAAACGAUGUUGUUACAUCAGGAGUCAAGACGACCGGGCACAAUCGUUCUUCAGAAUGUCGACAAGACAUCACUAGCCUCGCAAAGGUCGGACGAGCGCAGUGUAGGGACAUCNGGGGUGGUGGUAAUGAUUUUAUUUUCAAUUCAUCUUUAACACCACCAGCCAUUGCAGCCAGUCUGCUAAAUGGUGUUCAAGAUUUACUCACUCAUGGUGCUAAACACAUUCUUGUCGUCAAUCAAAUUCCAGCUGAAUACAUUCCACUCAGUUUAACAAUGGCGCCACCAUCUGUUUUAAAUUAUCUUACAGCAUUGUUCAAUAAUGCAUUAACAACCGGUUUGACCACAAUUCAACAAAACAACACACAGGCAGUAUUGAAUCUGUUUGAUAUUCAUUCACUGAUCACUAAAGUUGUCACUAGCAAAUCGGAAUACUUUGUCAACACAACAGCUAAUUGUUGGAAUGCAGUCAAUGCAACCACAAUUGUGAAGCUUUGUGAUAAUCCUGAUAGAUACGUUUUCGUCGAUACCAUACACUUCACCAGCCGUGUACAUGAAUUAAUCGCUGAUGCUCUUCGUCCAUUUCUUCUAACAUCGUAUGCAGUCAAUAGUGCUGGAUGCUACGUCCAUUAA